UCGACGGCCAAUCAGUAAUCAGCAUGAUCGAACGACACGGAACGCUCCAGGGCUACAUGCGCAAUCGCGACAUGGUUUCGCAUGCAUGCGGUACGGGCACUGCGUAACCAUAAUGACUCACGAUUCCGAUGUGACCGCGCGGGGAAUGAAAAGGUCUGCUAGGUAUACAUCCGAAGAGCUGAAGCUGUUAGCGAAACUCACGACGCAGGCUCGUGAUCUUCUGUACCAAGAAAACAAAAUGCAUUUAUUCCUGGAAUAUACUGUCUGGAAUCAGAUAGCUAAUCACAUGCAUGCCCUCGGUUUUCCAAAGCGUUCGUGGGUCGCGUUAAGGAUGAAAGGAGUUCGUCUGCUCACUAGCCCGGCAACUGAACGUCACCGUGCCGCCCUCUCCACCAGUUCAACAGAAUAUUCUUCCCACUCAUCCAAUUUCGUUAAUACGCUUUCUUCAACAAUUUCCAACUCACCCCAUUGCAGCACGAGUACCAAUGCUUUGAACUCCAUUUCACCUGAUGACAAUCAAGUAGCAACGACACCUAAUGUACCUUACACACAACCACCUCCGUUGCUCCCUUCUUCCGAGGCAUCCGCAACAACACUUAUGGCGCUAGCUGGCCGUGGCUGUUCACCCGAUCUCACUUUUCUCCCAUCCCAAACCAGUGUUAUCCCACAGAUUCUCAAUGUGCGUUCAACAGCUCUGACCUCUUCCGGAAGUAACCAAAAUUUAAACCUGGACUGUCCAGUAUUCUCGCAUGCGGAUAAUUUUAUCGUAACAUCUGCACUGCCUAUUAUUCUGAACACUCCCAAUACGGCUCCUCGAAAUCAACUCCGACCAGCGGUUUUGGAUCGUUCUUGUCCUAUACAGUUGUCAGUUUCCAGUGAUGAGGAAGAUAAAAUAGUGACUGAAACUUGUAGCUCACAGAAGACCCUAGUGUCCUCACCAUCUGUGCCAUGUGUGGGAUCCAGAUGUCGUGAUGGUCUAGGAGCAAGCACACAAGGGAAUUCGGAUCAGGCUCAAUUAGAGAUGCAAGUUUACCGCAAGAAGCUGGAGGUGCUUGAAGUAAAAAAGAUGUAUUGGAUGGAAAAACUAAAAAGGCUCCAAAAAGACCAAGGAUUGGAUUCAUCUGAACUAUCCGGAGUGUAAAAACCAUUCCGGAGAACGAGGAUGACAACGCAGCACAUGGUUGUUUAUUAUCCUGGAAUUCCUUUUCAACGAGAAUCCUCUCCGUGUUUUUGGCUGUUUGACAUUAUUACUGCCAUCAAACUGCCAUGUACAUAUGUUCUUUCAAUACAACUCAGC